AUGAUUCCAAUUUCUUAUCCGUCACCUAGGGUGUCGCAACUAGAUGCCAAUAUAUUGGAUUCAGAAUUAAUAUCGCUUUUGAAGGAGCAAUUAACAUCUAUUUUUCAAUUGCAUAGUACCAGUUGGUGGACAUAUGAUCAGCAUCCAGAAUUAUGGAGUUUGUUAUUAAACUUGAUGGUGUUCAGAUUAACGGUUUGGAGAAGUGGCUCAUCGUAUGGGGCAUUAUUACAGAAUUUAAAAUUAACUGAUUUCAAAAAGGGUAAAUUAAUAGGUUAUUCCAAGAGAACAUUAUUAUGUGCUGUAUUGGUUGGCGAUUACUUCUACAGCAAGUUACAGUCAUAUUUAUAUUCUAUUGACGAAUCUGAAGCUUCUAGAAAUGCAUCGAAUUUCAAGUUGUUAAAUUCUAUCAAAUCAUUUUUCAUUACCCACAAAACCAAGAUUCUUUUAGGCUUGAACGAUUGUUUUAAAUUAUUGAAUUUAGUAAACUUUACAUUAUUUCUCGUCAAUGGUAGAUAUCCAUCUAUAUCUCAUAGACUUUUUGGGAUUUCGUUGACUCCAAUCGUUACGGACUUAUUGAAAUUCAAUGGGAACAAAGUGAACUUUGAGUUUCAAAAUCGUCAAUUGGUCUGGAAUGUUAUGACAGAAUUUUUGGUAUUCAUUUUACCACUAAUGCAGUUAGGAAAGUUGAAAAGAAUGACAAAGAAAAUAUUAUCACCUUACAAAAAGGGUCAAAGACAUGAAACUGGAGAUAUUCCAAUAUUCACUCCAUAUACCAAUUUGCCUGUUUCCCAAUGUGCUAUCUGUCACAAUAAUAAUGACAUCGCUGCCACAUCAUCUAAUAAAAACUCGUCCAUUAGCUCAUCUUGCAUGGUUACCAACCCAUACGUUACUAAUUGCGGUCAUAUUUAUUGCUACAUAUGUAUAGCCACUAAAUUUAAUUCACUUGAAAAUACUGAUUCUGAUUCUAAAGGAUGUCUUCGUUGCGGUAUGAAAUUACAAUGGUUCAAAGAAGUUGGCGACAAUGAAGGAGACAUAGAUGAAGAUGCGAUAAUAGUGUUGUAUGAAGAUAUGGAAGAAAAUGGGUCUGAUGAGGACGAGGAAACUGCUGAGCAGGAACUGGUUGAAAAAAAUAUCUUUGACAUUGAACAGGAAGAGGACGAUCAGGUCGAUGAAAAAGGUGAACCCAGCCAUUCAAGGAUUGAAUCUGAUGAAGAAGGGGACAUAAAUGAAAACAGCGAUUACAGCGAGGGCGAAGAUUUUGAUGAAGAUGAGGAUCUUGAACAAGAUGUAUAUGAUGAUGAUUUUGAUAGUGAUUUUGAUGAAGGAUUAGAUCUUUAA